CCUCCUGGCUCAGCAGCUCAGUGCGUGUGUGUGUGAGAGAGAGAGGGUGUGUGUCUGUGUGUGCGUGUGUGAGGAACACUGUGCUUCUCCAACUGAAAGUGUGUGUUAUCAGAAGAAGAAGAAAAGGUCGUGAUGAAGCCGCUCCUCCUCCUCCUCCUCCUCCAGAUGUGCAGCUGUGCAGAAAGCAGGUGUUUCUGUCAGGUCACGGGCGACCUGGACGACUGUGCCUGUGACGUGGAGACGAUCGAUGGCUUCAACAACGAGCAGCUUUUCCCCAAACUCCAAACACUUCUGGAGUCUGACUAUUUCAGGUUCUACAAGGUGAACCUGGACAAGCCGUGUCCGUUCUGGACGUCGAGCGCUCACUGUGGUCUGAGGGACUGUGCUGUGAAGGCCUGCGCGCCUAAUGAAGUUCCAGAGGGGAUCAGAUCUUCAUCACACAACAAGUAUUCAGCAGAAGCAGACGAGCAGCUGGAUGAGUGUGAGAAGACUCAGCAUCUCGGAGCUGUGGACGUUUCGUUGAGUGUCGAGACCAGAGAGGCUCUGCUCGACUGGAGGAAACACGACGAUGAGGCCGAGCGGUUCUGUGUCACUGACGACGAGGAAUCUCCCGACUCCCAGUACGUGGACCUGCUGCUGAACCCUGAACGCUUCACGAGCUACAGAGGACCUGAGGUGUGGAGGAUCUGGAACAGCAUCUACGAGGAGAACUGCUUCAAGCCGUACACUGUCAGACGACCUCUCGUUCCCGACUCCUUCCACAGCAGCUCAGGAGGCGAGGCGAGGACGUUCUACCACUGGCUGGAAGGUCAGUGUGUGGAGAAGAGAGCUUUCUACCGCCUCAUCUCCGGCCUGCACGCCAGCAUCAACAUCCACCUGAGCGCCAGGUACCUGCUGGAAGACAGCUGGUUUCAGAGGAAGUGGGGUCACAACGUGUCGGAGUUCAGGACGCGGUUCGACUCGGAGCUGACGGAGGGCGAGGGGCCGAAGAGGCUCCGCAACCUCUACUUCCUGUUCCUGAUCGAGCUGCGGGCGCUGGCCAAGGCUCUGCCCGUCUUCCAGCAGCCGUCGUUCCAGCUCUACACCGGCCGAGCCGAGGAGGACCGGAGACACAAAGAGCUGCUGCUGCACGUCGCACAACUGGCCAGAUCGUUCCCUCUGCACUUUGAUGAGACUUCCCUGUUUGCCGGUGACGAAAAGGAAGCAGCCAAACUGAAGGAGGACAUCAGACUGGCCUUCCUCAACAUCUCCAGGAUCAUGGAUUGUGUCGGCUGCUUCAAAUGUCGACUGUGGGGGAAACUGCAGACUCAGGGAUUAGGCACAGCGCUGAAGAUUCUGUUUUCAGAGCAACAGAUUGAGGCUCUGCCGGCGGCGGCGAGCCAGCGGCGACCCAGUUUCCAGCUCAGCCGCCAGGAGAUCGUCUCCCUGCUCAACGCCUUUGGAAGGAUUUCCACAAGCGUCCGAGAGCUGAAGAACUUCCGGACGCUUUUAUCAGAGGAGCGGUGACGGCGUCAGGAGGCGUCUUCGUCUAUUUCUAUUAAACUUAUUUUGACUUAAAUCUAACAGAGUAAAUCAGAUAUUUUUAUAUAUAAUCACAGCCUAAACAUCGCCACUGUAUAAUCAUAUUCUCUUUAUUAUUAUUCCUGAUCCGCCUCCAUCUUGCAGCAGAAUUAAUAAUUAUUGAUUUCUUUCCUUUCUAAAAUAACGAUGGGUACCUUGAAAGGCACUGUAGAAAUCUAAAUUGUCAUUAUUAUUUUUGUUAUUAUUAAGGUCAGAACCUUUUUACUCAGAAUUUACUUCUGAAGGUUCAUUUUUGUUUGUUUGAUGAAUACUUGAUAAAUUCAUUGAUUUUAUUGUAUUAUAUUUUCUAGUAAGAAUUCAAUCUUUCUUCCUCUUCAGUUAAAAUAAAAUCUGAAGUUUUGAUUUAAUCACA